GAGAGGUUGGGAAGGGGGGGGGAUGAGGGCGAGCGGGGCGGCAUGGCAGUGAGGGCGCUCGGUGGCCGGCGGGCAGUCAGGCGGCCGCAUCUGGAACUUCCGUCCCGCCGUUCCCGGCCAUGAACUUCCACUUUGUGGUGGGAUGUUUUGCUAUUUUUCAUUGAGGGAUUAAGAACAUCCUUAAAUUGUUUCUUCUGCCUUCCUGGACUUCUAUGUGGUGUGCUGGUUUCAGGAGACCGGUGUCAGAUGCCCAUGGAUGUGGAGGGUCAGCUUGUUCAGCCAUCCACAAGAAAAAUCCCAAGUCCAGGUGGGCGAGCAUAUCAGGUGGCAAGUCUGGGGAAUGGACUGAGACCAGGAAGAUCUGGCUCAAUUUUCUUUGCAUAACUAGAGUACAUUGACAAGCCUGAUGUACGUGCUCCUGUAUUUUUGGUGCCUUGGAAUUGAUGUAAACAAAAUUACAGGGAACUAUUUUGGAAAUCUGGAUCAAUAUCAAUUAUAGUUGUGAUAUUUCAAAAUGAUAGGCAAAUUAAAACAUAACUUGCUUUUAGUGUGUUUAGUGAUCAGUUCGCUGACUGUGUUUUAUCUUGGCCGUUAUGCAUUAGAAUGCCACCAUAAAAUAGAUCACAACCAGAAACGUCCAGACAUGUUGGGUAAUGGAAGAUCAUUAAAUUAUGUUUCAGGAAUAGGAUUCAAAAAUAAUUCAAACAGAUUUGUUUACAACAAAGACAUGCCAUUAAUAUUUAUUGGAGGAGUUCCACGAAGUGGCACCACACUCAUGAGGGCCAUGCUUGAUGCUCAUCCUGAUGUUCGCUGUGGGGAAGAGACCAGGGUUAUUCCGAGAAUCCUGGCAAUGAAGCAUAUGUGGAGCAAAUCUGGCCGAGAGAAGCAACGAUUGGAUGAAGCUGGUGUAACAGAUGAGGUGCUGGAUUCGGCCAUGCAAGCCUUUUUACUAGAAAUUAUUGUGAAACACGGGGAACCUGCUACAUACUUGUGCAAUAAAGAUCCAUUCGCCCUUAAAUCGUUGACUUACUUGAGUAAAAUUUUUCCCAAUGCUAAAUUCAUUCUAAUGAUACGAGAUGGCCGUGCUUCAGUUCACUCUAUGAUUACUCGGAAAGUUACCAUAGCAGGUUUUGAUCUCAGCAGUUACAGAGACUGCUUGACCAAAUGGAACCGUGCCAUUGAGACAAUGUAUAACCAAUGUUUGGAAACUGGGUUUAAUAAGUGUUUGCCAGUACAUUACGAACAACUUGUUUUGCAUCCAGCAACGUGGAUGAAAAAUGUUCUGAAGUUCCUAGACAUACCUUGGAAUACAGCUGUAUUGCAUCAUGAAGAAAUGAUAGGGAAAGUAGGUGGUGUUUCUCUUUCUAAGGUUGAACGAUCUACAGAUCAAGUCAUCAAACCAGUCAAUAUUGAAGCCUUAACAAAAUGGGUGGGAAAAAUUCCACAUGAAGUAGUUCGUGAAAUGCCAGUGAUUGCCCCUAUGUUAAAAAAGCUUGGAUAUGAUCCAUAUGCAAAUCCACCAAAUUAUGGAAAACCAGAUCCAGCAGUUAUUGAAAACACUAAAAGGGUCAUCAAAGGUGACUUUCGGCUACCUGAAUUUCUUAAAGAUCAACCACAGACUCUGGAAACAAUACAGAAAGUAAAGUCAUCAUGGAAGAUAUGACAGACCUGAAGAACAUCUUUAAAAGAGCCGAUGAGACCAUCCAAAAGAUGAACAAGAUUCCUUCCUUCCUGAUUCUCAGAAAAGCAGACAGUUGUCUUCCUCAUGUCUAGAUCAGUACUUUUGUGGGUUUUUUUAAAAACAGAUUUUGUAAUAUACCAGUGUUGCCAUCAAAUUAAUGUGAAAUAAAGUGAUUAUUAUUCUUGUAUAUUCCCCCACUUCCUUUUGUGGGUUAAACCUAUUUUCUAAUGUUUGAAGACACAUAUAUGGUACUGUCUGAAGAGUGCAUAUAACCAUUCUUGUUGGCAGCAAUACUGAGUUAUUGCCUUAGUAAUUAUAGAAGUAUCAACAAAUGACGGUUGAAUGUGUGUUAAUGUGCCCUUGAGGUUUAUUCAUAACAGAAAGAUCACCAUGGAUAAAUGAUUUUUUUUGUGGUUACAUUUGCAUGGUUGAGGAGUUUGAAUUAAACAUGAAUCCUUUUUUCCUAACUGCUUUGUAACAGUAAUUGUGCUCAUAGAAUAUGAUAAAAAAAUACAGUAAUUCUGCCUAUAUACCUCCAUGUAAAAUGCAUCAUAGUAUUGGAACAUGAGCAAAUGUAAUCUUUGAUUUAUUUGUAUGGUUGCACACAGUUUUUGGAGUAAAUCCUUGUUUGAUGAUUGCUUUGUAGGCUGCUAGCUAGUUUCUCAUGGCCUGCUCAAUUCAACAUCCAUCCAGUGCUAACUACAUUGUUCAACAGAGGGCAAAUAUUAUGGUGGUGCAACAUAACUGGGUUCAAUCCUGACCUCAGCUGCCAUGUGUGCCGUGUUUGCAUGUUCUACCUGUGACCAUGUGGGUUUCCACUGGGUUCUCCCCUUUGCUCCCACAUCCGAAAGAUGUGCUCUGGGUUAAGUGGCUACUGUAAAUUACCCUGUAGUGUAGGUGAGUGGCACAGAGAAAUGGAGGGGUUGAUGGGCAUGUGAGAGAGCACAAGUUGCAAGGCUACAGAUAGAUUAGGAAGUGGGAAUCAGACUGAUGGGAAUGUCCUGCUGGGAGCCAGCAUAGAAUGGCUUCCUUGAUUGCAGGUAAGUGGUUAGCUUCCAUUGAAGUUGACCUGCUCUCCUUAAAAUUAACAUCAUGUGGAACUGGCACUACAAUUACUGGUUUCAUACUGAGUUCUCAGGAAGGAUGAGUUCACAACACAGACUGCCUGGGCAGAGGAGGCUCCUGAUCUGUCACUCACUUUCUCCUUCCCUUUUAAAAUCCCAAUGUAAGUUGGUUAGCAUAACUGAGACCUAUGGAAUUAAUGGAUCAGUGGUGACAUAAAUAAAAGCAGAGAACAGUUUACUUUUGUUGUUUUUUAAUGGAGAUUGGAGAAUGGUGAUGUUCCCAGGUGCCAUUCCUGGGACCAUAUGUACAACCUAAUGACUUGGACAAGGGUGGGAAAAGUAAAAUUUCCCAACUUUAUGGAUGAUGGAAAGCUUGGAUGUGUGAAUAAACAUUGAGGAAGUUAAUAACAGAUAGCAGGAAGGUAGUGAUUGGAUGAUAGAAUGGGUAGGUAAGUAACAGAUGAAGGUUAAUGUAGGUAGUGUGAAGUGAUGCACUUUGGCAGAAAGAACAGAGAGAUAGCUGAAAUUAACUGGCACGAUCAGAGGGACCUAGAUGACGAGUGCAUAAAUCUUUGAUCAUGGCAGAGCUUGUUGAGAGCAUUGUUUCAUCAUGCAAUGGCCUACAUGAGAGUCAUCAGCCAUGUUGCCAGCAGUUAGACUUUACUGUCCUGUAGAAACCCUUUGGUUUGUCUUUGUUCCUCAAAUGCAGCUAACAGUGUACGCUGCUGGGAAAUGAAGGCAUUAGCUUGGCUCCUAGGAUACUGGUUAAUGAUAUAGAACAGUACUGCACAGAACAGGCCCUUCAGCCCACUAUGUUGUGCCGAUAUAGCUAUUCCCUCCUACCUACAGAAUGCCCAUAUCCCUCUAUUCCUGCACAAUUCACUGACUGUCCUCAUACAAGCUGGAUAUUGGAGUGAAGCCUCUUUCAGUUCUGUGCAGUAAGGUGCCUGCAGUUAGUGGCACCCUGUACCAUGGAGAAGUCUACAAUCGUAAAAAAAAGUGGAUGCUUCUCCUGGCUUCGAGAGAGAGAAUGAAACAUAGCUGUCUUUGAAUAAGAACAUCAGUAACUUCCCUCAAAUAAUAGUGAAAGUGAAAGGUUGCCAUUUGGGAAGGAGCCAAGCCCAUAAAAGUUCAUUGCUGCCUUACAUUGAUGCUCCCAUGCAAUGCAAUGCUUUCCCUCUGAAUUUGAAUUUGUGGUUGCAGUACUUUCCAAAUUUCAUUUUUGGACAUUUUUAUUGAAGCAAAAACAUGGUGUUCUUUGAGGGGGUUCAGAUUAGAUCCUUCCCCUUUCCCUCCAAUUCACUUCAGUAAGCUCCUUACAGCUGGUCCUGCCUCAUCACAUGCACUCUAUUCAUAACUACAGUGGUGCUGGAGAAUACCUACUGGUUCAUCUACAGCUGGGAACAAAUGAUAUUUUGCAGAAACCUUACAGUUGGCAAAAUUUACUUCAGCUUUUGCCUACAAUCUUUUUGCAACUUGAAACAGCUUUAAGUACUAACCACUCGUGGAAUUGUAGCAACAGCCAGAAACACAUCAACCAGCAACUCUCCUGGUUGUAGUUGCUCUUUUUAAAUAAUAUUCACAUCACUCAAAGGGCUCUAUCUUUUUGAUAUUUCGGUGUACAAUGUCUAUUAAAAUAUAUGAUAUAGAGUUGAAGUACCUCUCUCCAAUUUUAAGAGUGAAUGAGAAUAAAAUCUGAACAGUUGUUAAAUUACUAUGUAUAUCCCACUUAAUUAUACAAUAUUGCCUUAUAAGCUUGCAAACACUUCAAUGUAACCUCAGUGUAUCAACACCAAGAAAUUGUACACAGCAUUCUGAUAAAAGUUUGUUUUCUAAA